AUGAAUCCGCCAGGGGCCCUAGGGAUCUUGGAGGAGAAAGAGGACGAACACUUAUCAACCCCGAUUCUCGGGCCCUCGGUACAUUCUGAUAACCCUCAGGAGCGGAUCCAGACCCGGCGCCUCCGCAUUGCUGCGCGCCUGGAAACCCGGAGGCGGGAAGCACUUGGAGAAUAUUUAGAUGGGAAAAAGGAGAGUGAGGAAGACCAAAGCAAGAGCUACAAACAGAAAGAAGAAAGCAGACUGAAAUUGGCUAAACUGCUGCUCUGUGGCACCGAGUUGGUGACAAAUAUCCAGGUGGCUACAGAUAUCAGAGAGAUCCAACGGAGGGUGGAAGAAGAGGAGAUAAAGCGUCAGAGACUUGAGAAGCUGGAGAAUGAAGUUAAGACCAGCCAGGACAAGUUUGACGAAAUCACUGCAAAGUGGGAGGAGGGCAAACAGAAGAAAAUCCCCCAGGACCUGUGGGACAUGCUCAACACCCAGCAACUGCAUUGUGCUGGGCUCAUAGAAGAUAAGAACAAGCUUAUCAGCGAGUUACAGCAGGAGUUAAAAACAAAGGAUGACCAGUAUGUGAAGGAUUUGAAGAAACAGGCAGAUGACAUUUGCCUCCUUCUGGAGAGGAUGGAAGAGCAAGUGAAGAAUGUAAUGAAAACCUUUCGUCAGGAGCUCUCUCACAUUGAGAAAGCAUUUGAGGUAGAACGACAGGAGCUACUGACCAGUAAUAAAAAGAAAUGGGAGCGGGCACUGCAGGCUCACAAUGCCAAAGAGCUGGAGUACCUUCUAAACCGCAUUAAGAAAGUAGAGGAAUAUGAGAAGCAGCUAAACAAGCAGAGGGUCUGGGACUGCGAAGAGUACAACAUGAUCAAGAUCAAGCUGGAGCAGGACGUGCAGAUUCUUGAGCAACAGCUUCAGCAGAUGAAGGCAACUUAUCAGCUAAACCAAGAGAAGUUAGAAUACAACUUCCAGGUGUUGAAGAAGAGAGAUGAAGAAAGCACAGUGAUUAAAUCACAGCAGAAGAGGAAGAUCAAUCGACUGCAUGAUAUACUUAACAACCUGAGAUCAAGAUAUACCAAGCAGAUAAAGCAGUUUCAGGAGGAGAAUCAGUCUCUAACCUCAGACUACAAACGCCUCGUGAUGCAAUUUAAGGAGCUACAGAGAGCUAUGAGGCAUUUUGCUCUUAUUGAUGAUGAGAAGUUUCGGGAGAUUUGGCUGAUGAAUGAAGAGGAAGCAAAGGAUCUGAUAGGCAGAGCCUUCGAUGUAGACAGAAUCAUCCAUACCCAUCAUCUGGGACUCCCCUGGACAGCACCUGAUUUCUGGUUCCUGAAGAAUCUAGGGCCUAUUUCUCAGCAACCAAAGAAAUCUGCCACAGAAAUAGUAGAAGAGGUGCUCAUGCAAACAGAAGAGGAGGGAUCAGAAGAGACCAUGUCAGAGCUAGAGUCUUACCUGGACCUGCCAAAGCAAGUUUCAGCAAAAACUACCAGAAAGAUCCUGAUGCUCCUUUGUGAUGAGUCGGGUUUUCUGAUUGAGAGCAAGCUGCUGAGCCUUCUCCUCCCCCUGGAGAAGAGCGAGUGCUAUCUGCUGAGGUUGGACGCCAUCUUCUCAGCCCUUGGAAUUGAAAGUGAGGAUGACUUGUAUAAACUGGUGAACUUCUUCCUCAAAUACCGAGCUCAUCAUUUACCCUCUAGCCAGUCAGUAGAGAAGUUACCCAUUGAGGCAGGAAAGGAGAAGCUUUCACAGGCGGAGCAGGAGGUCCCAUCUUCUCCCAGACUCAUCCACCCCAAUGAUGUCCUCAAGGCUCUGGAGGCCUUCGUCAUGGGUCUGAACAAGCCCAGGGACCCUCGAACGCCACUGAAGAAGCAGAAGGAUGUGCGAGAUGACUCAAAGGACUCUGAGUACUGGAAGGCCCUCACCACCGUUAUCCCUCCCGCCAAGGAGAACGUCUGGGACGCUCUGUACACAGCCUUGGAGAAGUACCACCUCAUCCUGACCGAGAGGGCCAGGCUGCUGCUAGAAAACGACUCUCUGGAGCAGCAGAACACGGAGCUCCAGAUGCUGCUGCAGCAAUAUCUAGAUUCCAAGAUCAACUCUGAACUGCAGGUUCCUCCGACUCAGGUGUUCCGCGUACCCACCAAAGAGAGCUCGGCCUCAAAGGGCUGA